AUGACAGAAAUGACACUAACGUAUGUGGACAGACGACAUACAAAUGCAUAUAUCAACGCGUUGGAAGCGCGCGUCGCAAGCUUGGAGAAACAACUCGCCCAGCGCAAUGGUGACCCUGGGACACCAGACUCUGCAAAGGGCAGCAGUAACUGUGACCAUGAGGAGGUGGCCUUCGUAAGCAGUACCCAAGCUUCUCAACCGGACCCAAAUAGUACCACAAGCGAAGAAGACAUGGAUGAUCUCGCGAAUGCCCUCGGCUGCUUCACUCUUGGUGAGAUUGGAGAGUUGCGCUAUUUUGGUGCAUCCAGCAAUUUUUCCAUCAUCCACAACCACGCUAUCAAGGUUCCAUCAUCGAUUCAGGCCAGAAAUCGCGGCAUAGAGGCCGCCAACAACAUGCCUGACUUCAUCACACCUUCUGAUGAGAUGCGCGACCACCUACUGGAGAUCUUCUGGCGAUGGCAGAACUCUUGGCAGUAUAUCGUCCCAAGAGAGCUCUUCGUCCGGGAUUUGUACAUCGAGAAGAAUGGCCGAUACUGCACGCCUUCGCUCAUGGCGGCUAUUUUGGCCAUGUCGUCGCGGUAUUCUCCGAGAUUAGAGCUUCGAACUGACCCCGAUGACGCCAACACGGCUGGUGAAGCAUUUGCCGCUCAAGCCAAGACCAUGCUUCAUUACGAAUGCGAAGCUCCAACGACAUCUACAGUUCAAGCAACAGCACUUCUGGGCCUGUACUGGGCGACUAUUGACAAUGAGGGUCUCGGAUUCAUGUAUAUUGGUAUGGCGACAAGAAUGGCCAUGAACUUGGGCCUUCAUUGCGACUGUUCGCCAUACGCUUCCAAAGGCUUGGUAUCCGAUGAUGAUGUAGAAGCUAGGAACGUCACUUUCUGGGGUGUAUAUGUCUUAGACAAAUUCUAUUGUCUUGGCAUGGGUCGGCCAGCGAGUAUCCAAGAGUACAACAUCACAACGACCAAACCAAAAGGACUGGUCCAACAUAGCCCACUCUUAUCUGACUUACAGUAUGGAAUCUCCGCUCCAUUUCCGACUAGCCACAUUCUGGAGAAUUCGAUGUAUACUUGUGAGCUUCUGCUCGCUACCUCUGAGGUCAUCGACCAACUAUAUGCCCAGAGAUACGCGUGGACUGACAAAGAAAGAGAAGAUCGAGUUAUGAAAGCUCAUCUACAAGCUGUCGGGCUCUUUGACCGGUUGCCGAAGAGUUUGAAAAUCUCAAGUUCCAGUCUUCAAUGUUCUCCACCAUAUGUCUAUCAGUUUCAUUUGCAAUAUCACCAUGCAAUACUAUUGCUGCACCGACCAUUCUUUCAACUUCUCAACCCUGGCAAGAACGCCAUCGCCUAUGAUCCAGAGGGUGGAGAUAUUCACUCAAAGUCCUGCAGGGAGUCAGCCGUCAAGAUGGCGAGGAUUCUACAGAUAUUUAGGAAGAAUUACACAAUCCGAAAUAUACCUGUCUCAGCAGUCCACCCAGCCUUCACUGCAUCAAUCAUCCAUCUUCUUCACAUUAAAUCAACAGGAAACCACGGCAGAAGCGAGGCCAUGAGGUGUCUCUAUAUAUGUGUCAAAUCCCUCUAUGAGAUGAAUGUGAACUGGAACUGGGCCAACCGGUCUAUUCGAGCAAUCUUGUCGCUAGCACGAGAAUGGGAGAUUGACAUUUGGGCACAUGGUCUCGCACAAGAGAUCAAUGAAGAGAGUCGACGACAAUUUGAACGGUAUGAAAUGGAUGAUCUGGUGGUUUUCCAUGAGGGCACAGAGAGUAGCUUUGAGCAUGUUUAUUCGUUGGACGAUAUCUUUGAGUCUUGGACUCUCGCGACUAUAAGUAAAGAGCAAAUCGCCCUCAGAUUCGUCAUCUCAUCAUCCUUCUCAGUCCAACACAAGCAUCAGCAAAAUAACAACCAACACAAAUCCACAACCCCAACCCAACAACAAUCUAUCAAGAUGUCCAAGUCUCUCAAGGUCGCCGCCAUCCAAGCCGAGCCCGUCUGGAACGAUCUCCAGGGCGGUGUCAACAAGUCCAUCGGCCUCAUCCAAGAGGCAGCAAAGGAAGGUGCCAAUGUCAUUGGCUUCCCUGAAGUCUUCAUUCCUGGAUAUCCAUGGAGCAUCUGGGCCAACUCGCCUACCGAGAACGCACCAUGGAUCAAUGAGUACUUCAAGAACUCUAUGGAGAGAGAGUCACCUGAGAUGGACCAGAUCCGAGCUGCUGUCCGAGAGGCAGGCGUCUUUGUAGUCCUUGGAUAUAGUGAGAGAUACAGGGGAACUCUUUACAUCGCACAGUCUUUCAUUGACGAGACCGGCACUAUUGUGCUUCACCGUCGCAAGAUCAAGCCUACACAUGUUGAGCGUGCUAUCUACGGUGACGGACAGGGCGAGUCUCUGACUAACGUCGCUGACACCAAGUUCGGAAGGGUUGCUGGUCUUAACUGCUGGGAGCACACCCAAACACUUCUCCGCUACUACGAAUACUCUCAGGACGUUGAUAUCCACGUCUCCAGCUGGCCGUCCAUCUUCCCCCAGAACGUCCCCGAGUGGCCAUACCACAUCACCCCCGAAUGCUGCAAGGCCUUCUCUCACGUCGUCUCCAUGGAAGGAGCCUGCUUCGUUCUCCUGGCAAGUCAGAUCAUGACUGAGGAGAACCAUAAGAAGGCCAACGUUGAUGGCUAUGACUAUACCAAGAAGUCUGGCGGUGGCUUCAGUAUGAUCUUCUCGCCUUUCGGAGAGGAGCUUGUCAAGCCUCUCGCCCCUAACGAGGAGGGUAUUCUCUACGCUGAUAUCAACCUUGAGGAGAAGUACAAGGCGAAGCAGAACUUGGACAUUGUCGGCCAUUACUCUCGACCCGACCAGCUGAGCCUUCGCGUCAACAAGCAUGCUGCUAAGCCUGUCUUCUUCGCCAACGACCUGUGA